AUGUUCUAUGUCACUACAGAGAAAGAGGCUGAAGCUGAGGCUAAAAAGGUCUUUUCAGGGAAAAAGUUUGAAUUGUCUCAAGAUCCUGAUGUUUUAGACACCUGGUUUUCUUCAGGGCUUUUCCCUUUAUCUGUAUUGGGGUGGCCUGAUGAUACUCAAGAUUUGAAGACUUUUUAUCCAACUGUUGUUCUUGAAACUAGGCAUGACCUUUUGUUCUUUUGGGUUGCUGCUAUGGUGAUGCUUGAGAUGAUAUUAGGAGGCGAUGUACCUUUCCAAAAGGUUGUGGGGACACCAAAUUACAUGUGCCCUGAACUGCUUGCAGAUAUUCCUUAUGGCUUCAAAUCAGAUAUAUGGUCCCUAGGAAAAUUUAGGUCUGAUAAAGUUAUUAGUUGCAAAUUACAAGCCGAAGGGUUGCAAAUGCAUAUGAAGGGCAUGGUGGAGGCUCUGCUGAGCUGGCAGAGUGAAGCUACUGCUUGA